AUGACUCCAGAAGAGGUAUCCAAAGCAUAUAGCAAAUUACGUCGCUACAACACCUCCUUUGACUUGAACGUGGACCAAUACUGUCCACCCCUUGUCCGCAUCAAAAAUGGCAACAUAGCAAAACGGCAGCCCCACGUUCGACAGAUGGGAACGGAUUACUGGAAAGCUCAGUGUUCAUUCCGCAGCUUGAAGACCUCYGGCAAAGUUGACGAGCUCAAAGAUCGCAUCCGGGGCAGAGAUCGCGGCAAGGACAUCACCAUCAAACAGGAUCUGGACAAAGUACAAGCCUUACUGGAUACCCACCACAAGCAGAUGGACGAGGAAAAUCUGGAACGCUGGUGGCAAGAUGCUUCAAUCAAACUAGAACUGAAGAUUGAGUCCGAUGCGCAUCGAGCUCUCAAAGAAUUACUCGAACGUGAUCCUGACGUUCUCAAUUCAGCUCUGGWAGUGCAGACCCGAUCCAAUGCGCUGGUAUACUGGGCCGAGAAGCUUGGCCUGUCUUGUCAGACCGUUGAGCCUCCCGAAAGUAUGUUGGCUGGAACGAGUGACUGGCUUGGCCCGGGUUCUUGGUCGGUGAUAGGAAGAGCAGAUCUGGUGCUGCAGCAAGUGAACAAGUUGACUGACCAAGCCAAUUCUGAGGCUCGACAAGCCAAGGCUAGAGCUGAUGCUGCAAAGGAAGCUCGCAGAGUCGAGCUGCAGAAACAACAAGAUGUUCUCUUGUCGGAGGCCAAACGCCAGGCCGAUUGGGAUCUGACGGGCUCGUGGAUUGUCAAAUGUACCGAGCUGGCGUGCUAUUUGAGUGAGCAGCCCGAGAAGCUUACAAUGGAGGUCUACGUCGACGACUUUGACGUGGACGAUGCUCGAGGGCCAGACGCACAAAGCGAUGAUGAGUACGAGGGAUAUCAGGAGUACGAGGAGGGCAGUGGAAUACAACCACGGAAAGCCACCGCCGCCAUCAGCAAGAACAAAGCAAACAUUCCAAGGUACUGUGCGAGCUUCCAUUUCGGCGUGGUCGAAGGCGUGAUGCGAAUCUAUCCCCCGGCAUCCUCCAGAUCCAAGACCGCGGCUUUCAAAGUCAGUACCAGUCCGCGAUUCGAAUAUAUUUGGAGAGGCCGAGAGACAGGUGAAAGUGAAAUCCAAACCAGAGCAGACGAGAAUGUCCUCCCCAUCACGUUUGGAAAUCAUGGAACGACCUUCGAAGGAACCUUCCACUGUGACUAUUUGCAGCCGGUGAAGAUUGUCGGCCAGAAGAUCUCCCAUGGCCGUGGUCGGAAGAUGAGCAGCGAGACGCAAUGGUCUGACUUGACAGAGCGGGCGUGGGAGCGGGAGCGAGUCGGUCGCUGGGGAUAG